AUGGCCUCACAAGGUCAACUUCCACCCGGAGCGACAGCUGCCAUCAAUGGACCUCCAUACCCACCAUCUCACCAAGGCCUUGGAGGCGAUCCCGAAAUCUUGCCAGAUGUGCCAGUUAAUGCAGUCUUCCUGGCCCUCUUUGUCUUCGCAGCAGCAGCACACAUGACACUCUUCCAGAUCAACAUGCACAAACGGGGGAAAAAGUUCGUCUUCAAUGCGGCAAUCUUUGGGUACUGCAUCACGCGGAUACUGGCAACUUCCUUGCGGAUAGGAUGGGCUUACAGACCUCGCAAUGUCUCGCUCGCUAUGGCUGCACAGAUUUUCGUCUACGCUGGCGUGCCGAUCCUCUUCGUCACGAACUUGUUCUUUGCACAACGCAUUGUGCGUGCGCAGCAUCCGAACUUUGGCUGGUCUAGGCUCUUCUCGAUAUGGUUGCCGCUGACGAUUGGCCUUAUGGUUGUCACAAUCUUUGGACUGAUCACGGUAGUUGUUCUUCAAUUCUACCUGCCGGACCAGACGACGCAAGACUGGACACGAGACUUCCAGCUGUACGGCGCUGUUAUGUUCGCCUUCUUUGCGGUGCUACCAAUCCCUAUCGUCGUCGCCUCAUGGAUAGCAAGGCAGGUUCCAUCAGUACGCAAGUCGAAGACGGACAACUUCGGCAAGGGCUCGACGACCUCGAAGAUCAUAAUCGUCAUCAUCAGCGCGAUACCACUAGCUCUAGGCGCUUGGUAUAGAGCAGCGACAUCGCUGAUAGCACCCGUUGGCUUGCAAGAGCAGACCCCAUGGUACUUCUCCAAGGCUUGCUUCUACAUCUUCAACUUCACCAUGGAAAUCAUCGUCAUUCUCUUCUGGCUACUGAUCCGAAUCGACCAACGCUUCAUCGUCCCCAACGGAGCCGAUCGACCAAUGUCCUACGCCGGCGGCUUCGUCUUCGCAGGCGAGUACCCCAACAAGUCGAGCGAUCACCUCAACAACCCCAAUGGCUCAGUCUACAAACACCGAGCGUCUACUCGGACAUCGCUGGCAAGCACCAUCAUUCCACCCCCAGCACUAAGCAGAGCUGGCUCCUGGGGCUCGCUUGAAGAGUACAUGACACCAGCAGUGACCACCAAACGCUCAACCCAAAGCCUCUGGGGCGGCAUCUCGACCGACCGCGUCGACUCCACCGUAGACGAAGGCUACCACAGCCGCCACUCCACCGAUCGAUCCUCCUCCGAACCCCAGCGCCCCCCACCAGUCCGAUCUGAGCACGGCCAGCUUUCGCAAGAGAUGGGCUAUAACCCCACCACCGGCCGCUGGGACGUGCGAGAGUGGCAGAUGAUGGGCCCUUCUGUGUACGACAGGGAUGCCAGUCCUGUCAGGGAAAUGCCGAGUAUUUUCAGUCCAAGCGCUGAGCAUAUACCGUCCUCCUCGCAGCCUUUGCCGCCGAGGGUUUAUGAGCCGAGCGGUCAUCCGAGUGCGAGGCCUAGUAUGGUGUCGAUGCGGGUUUUUGGCGAUGAGGGAGAGAGUCGGCGGAGUGAGAGUUGGGGGGCGGAUCAUGCGGUGUGA